GGAGAGGGCGUACUUUCCCUUCCGGGAGACGGGUAAGAUACGGGGCCCCUUUGCCUUUCUCCCGUCCCAGGCCGCUUCCUCUCAGAGAAGUCAUGAGCAAGCGGAAUCAGGUAUCAUAUGUGCGUCCGCCGGAGCCCGCAUUCCUGGCCCGCUUCAAGGAGAAGGUCGGCUAUAAGGAGGGGCCCACCGUAGAAACCAAGAAAAUUCAGCCUGAAAUCCCUGAAGGAGAUGAUGACAGGAGUGACAAUGAAGAUGAGCAGCCACAAGUUGUUGUGCUGAAAAAAGGAGAUUUAUCGGCAGAAGAAGUCAUGAAAAUUAAGCAGCAGAUAAAGUCUUCCAAGCCAGAUGAAGAACCAGCUGAUGGAAAAAUUAUGUUCAGAAAACCAGCCAAGAGAUCCUCUGAUGAGAAGUACUUGGGUUUGACAGCAAACUCCAGAAAGAAGAGAAAAGAUGAAGAAAAAAAAAAGGAGGUCUUGGUUCCCAAAAACAAUCAGAAGCAAAUAAAAAAUAGUAGUCUGCUUUCUUUUGAUGAUGCAGAGGAAGAAGAUUAAUAAUUGUACAUAUUUUGGACUUUUGUAUUCUCUCCGCAGGCAUUUGGGGGUGUUUCUUAGACAUUUUCUUUUGGAUUUUUUUUUUGUUUUUUAAAGAGUGGCAUGCGUUGGUGACAUGGAGUAUGUCUGAACUCUGUUUGAUAUAAUUGAAAUAUUUCAGCACACGUAAUUGAGAUUGCUUAAGGAACUAGAUCACGAAUACAUGACCUAGGUAUACAUGGCACCCCCUCCUCCUUCCUUUGUAACAUCUCUAACAUAAUACCCUUGACCAUUUAGGUUAAAGACAGGAAGUCUAUGUACUCAUUUAAAACUAUUGGUUAGAGCAAGAGACCAGAAUCCCAUGUGAUUUGCUCAGUGACCUUGAGGAAGUGGCUCUGUUUUCCCCAUUUCAAAGUGCAUGAUUCACUAAUUACCUUGAAUUAGCAUGAACAUCAUGUUAAUGCAAAAUACCUUUCUUACGUUAGUGCUAGCAACUUCCCUCAGACAUUAAAACAUAGCUUGCUUGAUAUAAGUAUUUAAAACCUAUGCUUUGUUAAUGUUUUGAGGCUUUUUGCCAUUUUUAUUAUACUUCACCUUUUAAUCUUAGAAAGUUCUAUGUAAGUUUAUGAAUGGCUGACUCCUUUGUGGCAUGGGUAUUUUUUAAAAAAAGAAGAUUUGAGAUUUAGGAUAAUGUGCAUUUCAACAAAAGAAAUUAGGUGGAUUCUCAACCCCAUUUAGCUAUCUAAAAGAAUCUAUUAUGUUCUAAUUAAAACACUACCAAGAAUUUAUGGUAGAUUGGUCCAGGCUUUCUUGGUGUGAGAAAACAUCCUGAAUCUACUUUCUUAUUUUGCAGCAAAAGAAGUAAAAUUAAUGGGGAAUGUAAAGCUUUGUGAAGGAGCUGAUUGGAAAUUGCCAUGUUCCAGCUGUUUGGGGUUUAACUGUUAAUGUUUUAAUGUAGCUCAUAAGAAUGUAAUAAAAGCAGAAAAUGUAAAUAAAUAAAACUAAUCUUUAGACAUGUUUAUACAUGCAGCUAAGGCCAAGACCCAUAAAGACAAAAUGGGGAUCCUGAUGUGAAUGAUCUUGUCAACCCAAGCUAGUGGUUAAUUCCUUAAAAAUGAUUUCCCUCUUUUUUUGUGUGUCCCAUCAGCAUUUUAGCUAGGUUCCAGCAGUGAUUCUCAAAUGGUCUUGGUACCCCUUUACAUUCUUCAAAAUUAUUGAGGACCUCCAAAGAGCUUUUGUUUGUUUGAAUUAUAUCUAUGAAUAUUUACUGUAUUUGAAAGGAAAACAUCUUAGUAUCAUUAUGAAAAUAGUUUUGACCUAAAGGACCCCCUGAAAGGAUCUGUUGACCACACUUUGGGAGAUGGUGGUCUAUAGUAAUUGGUUAUGGAUUGGGAUAUUCUGUUACUUUGCAUUAACCCUUUUGGCUCCUUGACCAGAUCUCUGCGUAAAAAGUAGCAGAAGGAGAGUUUGGAAAGGUUAGAAGCCGAACAAGAUGGCAGCAAAUUCCUCAAGGCAAGAAAUAAAAAUUUAAUUAAACUUUAAUUUUCAUUCAGUGGUGCUGCUACCUAUUGCUCAAGGUUGUCAGUUAUAUCCCAGGAAUUUGGGCCAACUCAUUCCAGCCAAACUCAUGAAAAUUGCCAAAGGGCUUUUAAUUUCCAUGUAGAGUUUGCCAGUCCUUGGGGGUUUUAGACUUAUUAAAAAGCUUUAUGCCUACAGUGCUGUAUCUCCCUUGCCCCUAGAUUCUCGGGUUUAGAAGGCUAUUAUUAAUAAUAAUGAAUAUUCACCGAUGGCUCACGGUCUACAUAGGCUUGCCCUGUAAAUUAAACUUAGGCAAAUCUUCAUCUCCUAUCUAUCGUUAUUACCAAGUUCCCCAAAUUUUUACCAGCUCCUACUUUUGAGUCAUCAGUAAUAUGUCUGGUGAUGGUGAAGUUAAAUGACCUGAAAAAAUAAUGGUAGCCAGCAUUGUGGGUAACAUUUUUUCUUUCAAUUUUAAUUACAAUUCUUCAUUGCUUAGAGUCACCUUUUAGUUCUAGUACAAUUGUUUCAGGCUGUGGGCCUGAGAUAAUGGUUAAAACUUACAUGCAAAAGACUUUGGAGCUGAGUUGAUAAUCAGUUUCAAAGAGGUGCUAACAAAAAUUUGUCUGCAUUGAAAAUAAUAAUGAUUUUUUAAAAUCCCUGUACAAUUAGCCAUCUCCCUGGGGAAUAGGGGACAGAGGUAAGUGGAAAGGUUUCAGGUUCAAAUUGGUAAAAAAAAAAAAAAAUUAGAAGAGCACACUUUCAGCCUUGCUUUUCCACUCUUGGUGUGAGCUGAGGUGGGAAAGUAUUCUUCAGCUUCCCACUCUCCUUUUGCUGGAAAUGUGGGAAGGGAUAUUGAUUGGUGCAUGUUAAACAGGGAUAGUCUAUAGUAGCUAGCUAGAGAGUGGGAUUUGGAAUGAGGAGAACCUGAAAUCAAAUUUUACUUCUGACACUUUCAUACCAUCUGACCCUAGGUAAGGGUCCUCACUCUUGUAUCUAAUUUCCUUAUCUGUCAAAUCAGGGGGUUGGACUUGAUGGCCCUUUCCUCUAAAUUUAUGGUCCUAUGACGUCCAUUCUCCUUAUGAGUUAGAUUGAGAAAUGCUACAUGCUCAGUGGUACUACCUGAUCUGGAAAUGGAUCAAUGUUUUCAAAAUGAUGAUCAGGACCAAAUGACCCUCAUUUUCUUUGGCAUUUUAUUGACUUACUAACUUGGGAACAUUUUCCUUUAUCAGCAAAGAAAAAUAAGGCAUGGGCAACUUGGUAUUCAGUGAAGACCCUCCAAGACUCUAGUAUUCUUAAGAAAAUAGCAUUCAAAGACCCCAAAAUGCCAAUGCAUUUCUGAGGGAGGUUAGGAAUCUACUUCCUUGGAAACUAUUUAGAAUAAGGUAGAAAACUUUGAAUUAUGUUUUGUGAAGUUCUACAUGAAAUGGAGGAGAGAGGAAGGAAGAUGAUCUCCUGACUUUUUUUGCAGUCCUAAUAUUUGAUUUUCAAAUACUGGUUAUUACUCUUACCUUCUAACUGGGAAGAAGUUGUUGGACAUAUAUUCAAAGUAGAACAACAAAAAUGUAUUUACUCAAUGCUGUUUGUUGUCGUUUAGUCAUUUUGCAUUCUUGUCCAACUCUUCACGACCCCCUUUUGGGUUUUUUCUGGCAAAGAUACUAAAGUGGUUUGUCAUUUCCUUCUCCAGCUCGUUUUACAGAUGAGGAAACUGAGGCAAAUAGGGGUUAAGUGACUUGCCCGGAGUCACACAGCUGAUGAAAAAGAAUCUUCCUCACUCCUGGCCUGGCAGUCUAUCCAUUAUGCCACCUAGCUGCCCCGGAAGAAAUAAGUUUGCCACUAGAAUGUGGCUCUCUUGAAGCAGAAUUUCACGGUUGAGAUUAUUUUACUGGUCGCUAGCCAUUCUUAGGACUCAUUUUAAAAUUGAACUUUAUCCCAAAUUAUAAAAGUUACAUGUCAUAUAGAAUACAUGAGAGUAUUUCUACAUUGUAAUUUUAAGAUACUUUUUAAAUGCGAUAGAGGCAUCCUAGUAUUAUGCCAUGUUAUAAUUUAAAGGUACAUUUUAAAGACUAAUUUUUUUUAGAUCUAAUCUGUAUGGCUAGGUAAAAAUUAAGAAAAAAAUUUAAUUUGUAGGAAAAGAAAGUUCACUUUGAUUUUAGGACUUUAAACAAAAUGAUGAGGUAAUUAUGAUGCAGAAAUAAUACAAAUGUACAGUUAGUUAAGUUGAUCACUAGCUAGAAGAAUGUUUUCUCUCUGCUCUGUAAUUUAAUAUGAAGAACCUUUGAUCUCUCCUAUUUUCUAAUUAAAAUUGUACUACUUUUUAAAAAAUGAGAAACUUUAAAUCUUUUUAAAGUCUUUAAGUUAUUAAAAUAGAGAAUGUAUCAAUUUUUCUUUCUUAUUGUUAAUGCUCAUCUUUGGCAUUUCAUUUAUCUCUAAUGAUGGAACUAGACUAGUGAAGGCUUUGCUUUUCUCCUGAUCACUUUUACUGUUGAUUCUCAGGUUGUGUGGCAUUACUAAAUGCUGGGAGAACUUAUUCAAUAUGGACAUGUAUAAGCUUUUUUUUUUAAAGGGCCAGGAAAUAUUUUUCACCUGUAGUCAAUAUUUAUAGCAAUUUCUUAAUGAAUUUUACUUGUAGCCUUGAUGAAGAUAGCUUUCUGGUUUUUCAUGUUGGGAUUACUCUGAUGCUAUUGUUAUAGGAUCAUGGUGAAAUUUUAAUCUAAUUUUUUUCCCCUCUAUAUUAUAAAAUCUGUUCUGUCAAAUGGUAACAGUGAUGCUGUGAUACUUAAAAAAAAAUACCAGUGACUCUCA